AUGCUUGCCUCCCAGCACCAGAUCCGACAGCUGAGGUUGGUGAUACCUGGAGGCCUUAUCACCUAUUUUAUCGGAACAGCAGACUUGGGGCAGGCGCGUGAACCUCUUUGUGGGGAAUAUUGUUCGAAUGCUAACAGUAAAAGUCUUUGUAGGACGGCGGCUUUGAGUAGCCUCUUCCUGGGUGUUACGACUAUCGUACUAUUUUUUUAUGUCAUGUUGACUCCCUGGAGGAAGGGAGAAGAGCCAAACUUUCGCUUGUGGAGAAAAUCCGGUCUUCUGUCAACCGUAAUACCUUUGUUGACAUUCUCAAUUGUUGGAGGCUGGUUACUCUUAGUGGUGACCCUGGGACACUGGUCAGGUCUAGGAUACCCGAAAGCUAUUGUUGCUGCUUCCGGCCUUUAUAUGCUGACUUUUGGAAUUCUUGGACUGAUACCCGCGCCAAAGGUCCCGAGAAAAUGA